AUGGCGGGUGCUACGGUUCAUGCUCAGCGGCUGCUCAUGCGGCCUGUCUCGCCUUUCCGGUUUCAAACCUCAUAUUCCUCUACAUCGUCGUUACGGACUUACAGCACGCAGCCCCCAAGAGGCUCAAACAACGUUGUCAAGUUCUGGCCUUUUGUAGCCAUCAUCGGUAUCGGGUUCGCGAGCUACGCCUACAUGGCCAAGACGAGGGCGGCGGCCAAGACUGCGCCAAUGAAAAAGCUACAAUAG